AUCUGUUUUCUAAAGGAGUUUCCAGUCUCAAUGGAAAGAGUCCAGAUCUCACAGCCGGAUCCACAGAUGCCUUAUAGAGCUUUGAUUUAUGUGCCACGGUACUUGGGCAACCUGCCGUACAGAGUCUGGAAAAAGAUGCUGAACUCAGUCCAAAAGACUCCUAUGACGAUGGAUCCAAACACGGCUCAUCCACAUCUCGUCCUGUCUCAUGAUCUGACCAGUGUGAGAUAUAUCUGGGAUGCACAACCGCUUCCUGAUAAUCCAGAGAGAUUUGACAUCUAUGGGUGUGCUCUGGGUUCAGAGGGUUUUAACUUCGGAACGCACUGGUGGGAAGUGGAGGUUAAAGACAGCGAAUGCUGGAGUGUUGGAGUAACUACAGAAUCAAACCAAAGGAAGGGACGUGGUUUCUUUAAGACUGAUGUCUGGUGUGUGCAGUAUGAUCCAUACAGACUGCUUGGGCCUGGUUUUCCUGUUAAACAGGAGCUUGAGUAUGUGAGAGUGAAUCUGGACUAUGAUGGAGGAACAGUGUCAUUCUCUGAUCCUGUAACUAACACACAUAUACACACAUUCACAACCACCUUCACUGACAUCAUCUUUCCAUUUUUCUGUAAUCUUGACGAACUUAAUGAUCUAAGGAUUUUACCAGUUAAACUGUAACAGCAAAGAAGCAUCUGGGGUCAUAAAGCUGCUCAGA